AUAGUGGUCACGCGUAGGAUGGGUGUUAUAAUGAAGCUGUUGCAAAAUCCCAGUAAUUUGUGGAGGUAUCGAUUUGCUUGGGGCGAAGAUGCGCUUGGACCUAACGUUCCUGUAGGUGGUAAAAUGGGAGCCCCUGAAAACCCUGAACUCCACACUUAUGAUGGAGAGUAUCGCGGAACGCCGUCGAAAGGCGAUGUACUCAUACCCGACUAUAUGUACCGAUCAGCCCCUAAAACUACUACGUACAUUGAUAGAUGUGUAACCUACUUCAUCUCAGCUCUACUUUGGUUUUGGUUCACGUAUCAUAUGUAUUACCACUCUGGACAUAUAUUCGGACAUUGGUACAUGCCAUAUUUGCAUGAGUUCUCCGAUGAAGAACUGGGCAUUCCUCCCGAUUCAGCACCGGAUCCAGAGUACUGGGGCAACCAUGGAAAGAAAUAUGGAACUUACCGUUAG